AGAAUGGACGCUUUAGAUUUAUUUAUUAGUGUUCUGACAGUCACCAAUCAGUGAAGGUGAUUUCGUUGUGCGGUUCUCAUAAACAACUAUUUGUUUACGAUUUUCUUUUUUGUUUGUUAAAUACUAGUAAACAAGAUGACACAAGUAAGUGAAAAAGAUGUGGUUGCGAUCAAAGACUGGAUGGCCAAAGAUCCUACUCUACCAAAAAACUUCGAGGACAUCAUGAUAAAGAAAUUCCUGUACAGCUGUAAUAACAGUUUGGAGCGGACCAAGAAAUGUAUUCUGACAUUCUGCAACACCCGAGCUACAAUGACUGAGGUGUACUCCAAUAGGGACCCACUGUCACCUAAAUUGCAAACAGCCUUUAACAUUACCUCCGUUGCAACAUACUCGACCGACAAAGAUGAGAUCCUGAUUCAUAAGUUGGAAAAAACAGAAAAUUUUGAUUUCUACGACUGUCUCAAGUCUUUCACUUUACAAUCUGAUCAAUGGAUAUCGUUAGAAAGGGAGCCAUUGCCUGAGAAUCACAUUGUCAUCAUAGAUAUUAAGGAGAUUACCCUGAUGAUCGUUGCCAAGGCCAACGUGUUUUUCUUCCAGAAGUUUCUUCUGUUUUUAUUAGAGGCAACGCCAGUACAUUUGAUUCAAGUCCACGUGGUGAACUGUCCUUCGUUCUACGAGUACAUGUAUGGUUUAGUCAAGGGUGCAUUACCACAGAAUAUUAGAGAUAUUAUUCAUUUCCACACGGACCACAUGGGACUGCACCAGUAUAUAGACAAAAAGUAUCUACCCAUGGAAUACGACGGCGAAGCAGAAAGUAUGGUGGAGCAGACUCGAUGUUGGGUCAAAAAAAUAUGUGAGAAAAGGUCAUUCUACAUGGACGAAAAUCUAUGGAAAGCUGAUAUAAAUAAAAAAGCGAUAAAAAACGCAGCGGUCGAUACGAGUAUGAGCGGAUCUUUCAGAACUUUAGCUAUAGAUUAAUAAUUUUCCUCGAAAUUUUAUUAUUUUGUCCAAUAAUUGUAUUGUUAAGUAAAAAACUUUUCUAGUUUUAAGUCUGGCUACAGUGAAAUUAAGUUCAUUGAUAAAAUUAUUUCCUUUUGAUAAGGAAAUAUAUGAGAUAUGAGGCAAAAUUUACGGAUCUCCACUUUUAAAGUUAGGCUAAGCUUAUUUCAUAUACAACUUUAACAUUUUAUUUUUUUAUAACCAUAAAGGUCGCAGUUUGCACUGGGAGAUAAUUCCAACAGUUACAAAAACAACAAUAGUUUUAUGCAUUUAGAAUUUGGAUCAAGAAAGCGUAAUAAUUAGAUCGAACUCCACAAAUGUUUGAUCCUACCAUCAAACCAAACUAAGAAAAGAAAUAUAGAAAAAAAUAUGAUUUUGUAUUGUAGUAGAUACAGUAUUAUAUUGCAGUAAAAAUACACUAUUAGUGUAGAUAUUUAUGCAGUAUAAUUAUCGGUUAAUAUAUCAGUGUACUUAAGCCUGCGUGCCUAAUUAAGAUUAGGAUCGAAUAAGCACGCAACUCAAGUAAGCGUGAUAUUUUGUCAUGCAACUAAAACUAUGACAUUUUCAUUUUUAGGAUCAGUAGAUGGCGUUAGCGGGGAAAAAUUUAGAUCAUAUUCAUGUUUAACUUAAGGUUCGAGAUCUAUAUAAUAUGGGUCAAAGCUUGGUUGAAUAAUAAUUUAAUUGAAUAAGCAUAAAUAAUAAAAUUAUGAAGCCUUAAGCUACACCAGCUCCCCUAGCAACGUAAAAUAACAAUACCCUUCCUACAACUUUUAUUUCUUAGUCUUUCUUCAGGUUCAAUUCUUAUUUUUAUUUAUUUGUACAGUAUACCCGGGUUUAUUAUAACAGUUUUAUAUUUUAUUG